AUGCGGCUGCUAUGCUGGCUGUCACUCUUCUGCCAUGUUGUGGCCGAAACCGUGCCACGACAUGAGCGGGUGGCAGCUGCCCAGAAGGUGCAAGACAUGUACAGGCAUGCCUUUGACUCCUACAUGAUGCACGCCUUCCCAGCUGAUGAAUUGCGGCCCCUCACUUGCGAUGGACGACUCAAGCGCGAAAGAGGGGACUUGGAUUCCAUGCUUGGGAACUAUUCCAUGACCUUGAUUGAUGCCCUGGACUCGCUGAUCAUUUUUAAGCGAAAGGCUGCGUUUAAGGUGGCAGUGUCCUACAUCCAGGAUAGUGUCCACUUCGAUAAAGACAUCGAAGUGAGUACCUUCGAGGUGAACAUCCGCAUCCUGGGUGGUUUGCUGAGUGGUCAUCAACAUGCUGUCAAAGUGCUGCCAAAGUACAAGGGUGGUCUUUUGAACAAGGCUGUUGAUCUUGGCGAGCGUUUACUGCGUGCUUUCGACACACCCACUGGCAUGCCACGCUGCCGUGUCAACCUGCGGUCUGGCAUCCCCAAGGGCUCCUCGACGACUGUGACAAUCGCAGAGGCUGGCUCGUUCCUGCUCGAGUUUGGGAUGCUCAGCGUUUUGUCUGGGCAGAGUCGUUUUUACAACGCCGCCAAGCGUUCCCUGCUGGCUUUUUGGAGCAGAAGAAAUGCCUUGGAUUUGGUGGGCACAUCAAUCGAUGUCAACUCGGGCAACUUUGUGGACCAGCAAAGUACAACUGGUCCCGGGCAAGACUCUUUCUUUGAGUACCUCUUGAAGGGCUACAUUCUUUUCAAGGACCUUGAGCUGCUCGACAUCUUCCUGAGCGCGUAUGCGGCGGUCGAACAGCAUCACAGCUUCGAAGGUUUCACAUAUACCGUGGACAUGAACAAAGGCUUGAUGAUGAACACACAUCUUUCUCCUCUGGCAUGCGUUUGGGCUUCCUUGCAAGUUCUCAUUGGAGAUGUGGCCAGUGGCUUGCGUUCAGUGCUGUAUUGGUACAGUCUGUGGAAGAAGCACGAUGCACUGCCAGAAGUUUUCGAUACCCGAGCCGAAAGUCCAACACAAGCCAGGGAUUCGCCACUGCGCCCCGAGCUGAUCGAAGCGAUUUUCUACCUGUCCCUGGCGUUGCCCGGGGACGCCAUGGUCUUUGAGAUGGCCAAGUCCAUCGCAACAGCCAUUGAUGAACAGAGCCGAGUCUCCUGUGGCUUCGCAUCUGUUGCAGAUGUGACGACCAAGAGGUUGGACAACAGGAUGGACUCUUUUUUCCUGUCUGAGACGCUGGUCUACCUCUAUUUGGCAAUGGCACCAGCAGAUGAAGUGGCCUCAGCCAUCCCAUGGUCGAUGGGCGCCAGCAUCUUCACCACAGAAGGCCAUAUCUUUCCACUGCAAGGACGUCCCCCUGGAAGUGACGACCCUCUGGCAACGAGUCAUCGGCACAGUGAGGUCCUCUUUCCUUCAGCAGCGCUUACUGCUCCAAUGCCUACCUGUGAGGCCCUGUCGCCUUUCGAGCGUGUUGCGGUGCAGCAGCGGUGUCGCACAAAGUACCUCUUGACACCCAGCUAUCAGCUGCAAAUGAUUGCCGAGACCACUCGCCGAUGCCGGCCGCAAAUUGUCACCCUGCUAGUGUGGCUGGAUGGCAUCUUCCAACAGAGUGCCACUGGUCCAAUGCGUAUCUUUGGCCUUGCUUCUUCCUUGGGAAGACCAGUGCCAGCACUUCCAAUGCUGCACUGGCAAAUGAAGGACAAGGAGGUUGACACCAAGGGCAUCGCAAAGCCUAUCCAAGAUGCAGAUUUCGGAGGUGCUGCAGCUGCCAACAUGACAGGUACCUGCCAAGAUGCUCUGGCAGGCUUGGGAAGUGGCGAAAGGCCCCUCCCACAGAGCUUGUCACUCUUGCGCCUGGAUUUGGAGCAGAGCCCUGGGCGCAUGCUCGCGCACUUAGUGUCAAUGUGGUGCUUCCACCGUGCUUUCCACUUGAUGGAGAACCUACGUUUGCAGCAGAUUGCUGCCAUGCAAUCAGCUAUGAUCGACUCAAUGAGCCAGGAGAUGGCAAAGAAGGGUGAAGAUCACAAAACGAACUCAGACAAGAAUAGAAGCGAUGAGGAAGUGCCACGCCGCCACCAGAUGCCCAGGAAACUGGUACGGCCCUUGGAGCCCAACUUGGAGCCAAUGAAAAUUGCAACCCCCGAGACUCUAUCGCCACAGUCCACAGGAAGUCUAUCAGUUUUCUCCUACAUUUCGCCUUUGCCCUCGCCAGCAUCUUUGCCAUCGCCCAUUGCAAUGCAAUCACCUCAGGUGACGCCACAUCUGCCACCACCACCGGGUCUGGAACUUUCCGUCCUACUUCAGCAUGAGGCUAGUGAGAACAGCAUCGGAACAAGUGAGGAUCCGGACAAUCUCAAGGGCCUGAGCAUUACGACCUCCCAGCUACAAGCUGGCAUGGUGACCCACGUGGUGUGGCACAUUGGAAACCCUCAGGCCAAAUUGCAAGUGAGCUGUGGUUCUGCGCUGGUAUCCCCAUCCUUCACAGUCAACUAUACGGAGGGCCUCCGACUCCUCUUCUCUCCCGGGGAGUGUUGGUGGCAUGAAUUCCAGGCCAAGAAGGCGAAGAAGGGCAAGAGACGGGCGGAACGCCUGCCGCGCUUUGGCGCUUUGCACCUGAAGCUGUCAGGAGACCUUGCGUGUGGAGCACAGGUAACGUUGGUUUUCACAGUGGGCGGAGUCAAACAAAGCCCCAUCCAGGUCAGUCCGGGUCACAGCACCUGCUUGACUUGCGAGUUGGACAAGGACUGGCGACGUGAGACUGACGGUACCGAUGGUUCGCUGACAGUGGGUGUGGAUAUUAUUCGUGGCCAAGAGUCGAACGAUGAUUGUUACAAAAAGGCUGCAGUUACAGAAGCCUCUGCAGCCUUUUGUGCUGGCCUCAGUGUUGGUGAUGCUUGUUGCACGCGCGGUGCAGCCGCAGAGGCACCAGAUCUUCUGCGCACUGCAACAUGGCGCAAGCAGCUGGUUGCAGUUGCGGUGGCUGUUGUUGCUGCUGCCUUGGUGGGGCACCAAGAGACUCUUACCAAAAGAGCCGAUCCUCUGAAUGCAUGCAGUGACCUUCAAGUGCCACUCAAACAGAAGCAAACCCUGGAGGACACCUAUGCAGGCCGACUGAUUGUGAUUUCCCGAGGCGGUUGCCUUUUCGUCCAGAAACUUAUGCGGGCACAACAAGCUGGCGCUGCAGGUGUGAUCAUGAUGAACUCGGAGAAUUACGACCAGCGGCUUCAAGUCAUGACGUGCCCCAACCAAGAAAGAGGAGGUGGUAGCGAGGUGCGCAUACCUGCAGCCAUGAUCUCUUGGAAUGAUGGCCAACUGCUGCUACGACAGCUUCAAAAGGGUUCAUUGGUUGCGACUCUGUUCACGCCCUACUAG